AUGAGCAAAAAAAAGGUUGAUAAAAAGCCAUCUUCUGUUCCUAAAGCACUUCGACUAGGUGACCGGCCUCCGUUUAUAUCAAAGAACCAACAUUAUUUCAUUCAAGCGGUUGUUGUUAUCGCUGGUAUUGCUUUUGUAAGAUAUCUUAACUACCGAAAUGCCGAACUAAACCCUGCGGUGUUGUCGACCUUGCCAAGAGCGGCACAUUCUGAGAAAUUCAACAGAGUGAGUUAAUAUAGAUAAUUGUUUAACUUAACGUCGUCAGGAUUCAUGGGGGUCUUACAGACCGCAGGCGUACUUCAGUCUGAAGACGAGAAACCAAACAUCGCCGUUGUUUGGUAUUUCUUGGUACAGUCAUGUCGCUCAGAAUCUCCUUUCUGAUUUCCGUCACGAUUGUAGUCAAAGUGAGUUGGUUUGAGCGUCUUUACGAAUUAUUUAGAUGAUGGGAUAAAAUAUUUGUGGACAGCAGCGGAUGGGAAGUCUUUUGGGUCGCAGGAUAUUGUAGAUGGACCUUUGAAUCUUACAACAAAGUGGUUUAAUCGAGGAAACUCUUUUCUUUCCCAAGUCGAUGUCAAAAGAAGGGACAAAGCGUACACUGGAUUAAUAUUCUAUUUUUUGUCGCAGGUAGGUGUUGUUUCUUGGUGGUAGUUUAUUAUUUAGAAUCCGGAGACAAGUUUCACCCUGGAUCAGAUAACGGAACUACCUAAAAUCUGGAUUCAUACUCCUGGGCAGCCAGAUUCUUCUUUGGAAUUCGAGAUAUCUUCGGAGAAACAAGUUAAGCGGUCGUUAUUAACCCUCCAUCGACCUCCAAUCCCUGAUCCUACUCAUCUUGUUGAGUUAUUCAAACGUUCCUUAGCGUUAGAUGGGGAUAAUAUUAUCUUUAACACCAAGAGAUUGGAGACAUUCAACCUUUUCGCCAUUCAUCUUGAUAUACCAGGUAAUGAAAGCAGGAUUUUGUUAUGUAGUUAUAGGUGAGGAUAGUGUCUUAGUGGAGUUAAAAGAACAGUCUGAGCAAGAUCUCCCAAACUUUGAUGAGGAAUUUAACAAGAGAAGUAAGGAGUUCGAAGAAAGACUCAAGGAUUCUUUCCAUCGGAGCAAGGUGGGUACUUAAAUAAUGUGUAGAAAAGGAUUUUUAGGAUAUUUCCCCGAAAAUGUUUGAUAUGGGAAAAGUGGCAAUCUCCAAUCUUUUGGGCGGGGUUGGAUAUUGGUCGGGGAACGCGAAAAUGAGGAGUCGGAAUUGGCCCCAAGGGAGAGUGGAACCUUUUGGACCUUUGGAACUCCUAUCAGCUGUGCCUUCCAGACCUUUCUUCCCUCGAGGAUUCAUAUGGGAUGAAGGAUUUCACAAUGUUCUUAUCCAUAAAAUCGAUCCUGAACUGUCUUUGGACGUAAGGUGGUUUACGAUGUGUAUCCAUUCAUGUAUAAAAUUUUAGAUUCUCUCCUUUUGGUUAAACUGUAUGAACUCGGAAGGCUGGAUUCCACGAGAAAUGAUUUUGGGCGCUGAAGCAGAGACCAAAGUUCCAGCGGAGUUCUUGGUCCAGUCUGAUGAUGUCGCGAAUCCUCCGGUUUUCUUUUAUCUCCUCGAGAAAUUUGUUCACAAUUCUAAAGUAAGUUACCGUUACCGUUUAUUUAUUUUUUAGCUGAUUUCUCAAUAUAAACACAGGAUUGUGUCUUUAUAUCCCCGGUUAAAACAAUGGUACUUAUGGCUGCGAGAUUCCCAACAAGGCCCUUAUAAAGGCACCUUCCAAUGGCAAGGUCGAAAUCAGACAACAAACCUCGAGUUAAAUCCAAAGACCCUUCCAAGUGGACUAGACGACUACCCCAGGGCAUCUCAUCCAACUUCUGAUGUAUGUGACGUAUUCCCCUUUCAAACUGUUUUAGGAAUAUCACUUGGACAUAAGGUGUUGGUUGGCCGUCGCUUCAAGAGUAAUUAGAUAUCUCGCAGAACUUUCGUCUGAUACCAUGUUUAUCAAUGAAGCCGACGAUGAUCAACGGACUUUUGGAGACAUAAAUGAGAUCAACAAGUAUCAUUGGUCGCAUGAAAAGAGAAGGUACGCUGAUUUCGGGCUUCACAGUUAUAAAGUCAAAUUGGUCACCGACGUUUUUCCCUCAGGGCCUAAUGGCCAAAUGGGUAAGAGAGUAGUGAGGAAAGUACUGGAAGAGCCCAAGAAGCGACUAGUGGAUGAUGUCUAUGGUUAUGUCUCAUUGUUCCCAUUCCUUUUGAAACUUUUACCUGCUGAGUCAGAAGAAUUGGAAAUCAUAUUGGACGAGCUAAGCAAUCCUCAAGUAAGUUGCAACUGUUUGUAUGAAUAUGAUUGUAGUUGUUAUGGACUCCGUAUGGACUCCGAUCGUUGGCCAAGAACUGCUCAUAUUAUGACCAGAAAAACACCCCGCAUGACCCUCCGUAUUGGCGGGGAAAUGUCUGGAUUAACUUGAAUUAUAUGGCGCUGGAGGCGUUAAAUCAUUACUCUGAACAGGGAGGCUCAUCGGCAGAGAAGGCCAAGGAGUUGUAUAAUAAGCUUAAAGAGAAUGUCCUUAACAAUGUCCUAAAACAAUAUCAAGAAACAGGCCUGUUUUGGGAGAAUUAUAAUGACAAGACGGGCCAAGGACAAGGAACUCGGCCUUUCACUGGCUGGACUGCUCUGGUCUUUGCGAUUAUGGCGGAUAAUUAUGAUUGA